AUGGUGGUAACUGCUGCAACUACAUCUCUUCCACCAUUACCCAUUUUGAAAUAUCAUGCCAUCGGAUUCCCAAUUAAAUCUUCGCUAUUCAUACUUCCGUCACCAAGAACCAAUUGCAUCCCCCGCCUUGUAAUUCCUCCCCGCGCCGCCGUAAUCCGCCCAAUUUCCGCUACUACGGAUGGGGUUUUUCUGCUAUCUGAAGCAAGUUCCCCUGAAAACACCGAUCAGAUUGUUUCCACAGCCUCCGAUAACGGUGAUGGAGUCUCCAUCGUUAUUUCAGUUCUUCUUUCCAUUGCUUUUGUUGGCUUAUCAGUUCUCACUAUUGGGGUUAUCUACAUAGCUGUAACAGAUUUCUUACAGAAAAGGGAGAAAGAUAAGUUUGAGAAAGAAGAAGCAGAGAAAGCAAAGAAAGGUGGCAAGAAGAAGAGAGUAAGAGCAAGAGCUGGACCGAAAGGAUUUGGAAAGAAGAUCGAGAGUGACGAUGAUUUUGAUUUGUAGAUUCUAGAAAAUUUCAAUUUAAAGAUGUACACAAUUCUUGUUCAUCACCGCAGAAUUAAGUGUUAGAAUACUCGAUGCAAAAAGGUUUUAUCCUUU